AUGAUAGGCAAUAGAAGCCCAGAGUAUGCCAGCACUAGCUUGGUGGAUGGCUAUCUUGGCCCCUCCUGCGUCGACUCUGCGACCUUCUAUCCUGCUCCGGUAAAUUUGAUGGCUGAUCAUGCGGCGACAGCCAUGUUUUCAGAGACAAGCUCUGGAGUAUUGGCGUCGGUCUCUUCAGACUAUCCAUACACCACUGAAUUUUCAAGCAUGCCGCAAAACAACAAAUACACACCUCCAACUCCACCGCCUCUUGGGACAAGAGCAGGUCUAGAACUCCCCUCAGGUUUUGCCACCGGCAUGACCAAUCUGGCUGCUGCCACACUUGUUAGACAUCAGCUUCGGCAACAGCAGCAGCAGCAGAGUAAACAGAUACAGCAACAUCAAGUUUACUUGCAACAGCAACGGCUUUGUCAAUUAAAUCAUCUUUAUCCACACACUGUUAUCCGGCCCCAUUGCAAAUAUCAGCAGCAGCAGCAGAUGAUGAUGAUGACGAAAUUGAAUCAGCAAAGCGAAGAUCUAGAUCUUGAGAAGCAAAAAUUAAUCUUUAUACAGCAACAAAAGAGUCAAGCACAACUAAAUGGGGCACCAAGUGGCAUCUCCAUACAAAUGCCUUUAUCUAGGCAUUUGGCCGCAUUUGGUACAGGACGAUUUCUCGGGCUGGAGGGCACCGGAGUCAUGACUCCUCAACAGGUGAUUUCUUAUCCCACUCAGGAAGCGCCUCUGCAUAUUAAACCGGAACGGCAACAUCGUCCGCCUAGCUCACUUCCUGGUCAGAUCAGUAAGUUCGACACAGUGCGAAAAUGUCUACCGAUCGGAUAA